AAGAAAUAAAUCUAAAAAAAAAAAGAAAGAAAAAGAAAAAAAAUCAUAUGCCAUAAAUGAGAUUUUCUCAUUGUAAUUACUGAAAAAUUGGUUAUCACACUAAUAACUAAUGUGAAAAAUGGUGUGAUCAUCAUCACAUUAAUACUUGAUCACAUUCAAUACUUGAUAGGGUUGGGAAUUGAAGUGAUGACUUAGUUGAAAAGUCAAUAUCUUACUGAAGGCCCAGUUUCCAUUCUCAGCAUUAUGUUAGAAGUAUUGUUACAGGUAAGCCAAGAGAAAAGCAGUUGGAGUAAGAAACAAUAAGACUCUGACAUAAAAAAAAAUGCUAAAGCUACUCUCAGAUUACGGUUUUUAUACCUUGCAGGAGAAUCAAAGGAUUUAACUGUUGAUAAAGGAGAAUUAGGAAAAUAGCAGGACUUAAGUAAAACUAACCUACAGAUGUUGACAGUCAAACUAUUGGAGAAUACACUUGUACUAACAACAUGAACAAUAAUAAAAUCUCAACAUUACCUUUGCAAGAUAUGUGCAAAAGGAUUGCGUCAACUGAAUAUCCAAAAUAUGAAACUAGUCAUGUAUCAUACUAUUUACUAUGUUAAAAUGUCCCCAAAUUAGAGCUAAUGAUAAAUGCAAAACAUCAAAUUCUGUGCUAAAGGAAAAGAUGAGUACGUUUCUUUUUAAAAUGUGAUUUUUUUUUCAUUGAUGCUUCUGGAAGCUUGAGUCUAUCUUCUGACCUAGCCAAUCCACUUCAAAGGAUCCAUCUCAGAGUUGAAGUAACAGGCACAGAACGUCUCAAAGACCAGUGCCUCUGACUUGAGCGUGUAGAGUCACCUGGAGACCUUGAUGGAUAUUCUGGGCCCUCACCUCCAGAGUUUCUGACUCAGAUCAUCUAGACUGUCGCAACCAUCCUCCCCCCAGUCAGGCUGCCCAUCACCCACCAUUCCAGCAGGUAAAGUCAUUUCUCCAUCACAGAAGCACAGCAAGAAGGCACUGAAGCAGGCUCUAAAGCAGCAACAACAAAAGAAACAGCAGCAGCAAUGCCGGCCCAGCAUGUCCAUCUCCAACCAGCAUCUCUCCCUCAAGACUGUCAAAUCGGCUGCUGAAACUGCACCUGCCAAACCUGCAGUUUGGGAAGGAAAGCAGUCUGAUGGACAGUCACACAGUCCCCAGAACUCAAGCUCCAGCUUUUCUUCUUCGGUCAAAGUGGAAAAUUCCUUGCUAGGCUUGGGGAAGAAGGCUUUCCAGCGGUCUGACAGGCUCCACACAAGGCAAAUGAAAAGGACUAAAUUUGCUGACAUUGAUGUUGAAACACCAGACUCCAUUCUCGUUAAUACCAAUCUGCGAGCACUGAUCAACAAACACACUUUCUCAGUCCUUCCUGGAGAUUGCCAACAGCGGCUACUGUUACUGCUUCCGGAAGUAGAUCGACAGGUUGGUCCAGAUGGUUUGCUAAAGCUCAGUGGCUCAGCGCUUAAUAAUGAGUUCUUCACAUCAGCGGCCCAAGGCUGGAAGGAACGGCUCUCGGAAGGUGAGUUUACUCCCGAGAUGCAGGUGAGGAUUCGACAAGAGAUUGAGAAGGAGAAAAAAGUGGAGCCAUGGAAGGAACAGUUCUUUGAAAGUUACUACGGUCAGAGUUCUGGUCUGAGCCUUGAAGAUUCAAAGAAGUUGACUGAUUCCCCAAGUGAUCCUAAAGUCAAGAAAAUCCCAGCUGAGCCGCCCAAAUCCACCCUUCCUGCAGAGGCCUCUCCUACCAGAACAGUGCCCACUGCUCCCCAGUCAGAGUGUAAGGAAGAAGCAGUGUCCACACCAUCACCAGUCAAAAAGGAACAGCCCGAAAACCAAGAUGAGGGUCAGCCUAGCCUCCUCCUGUGCCCAGAGCCGCUGCUUCCCCCGACUGGCAACACCACCGCAGAGGAGCCAGGCUGCAUGCUCCCCACCCAGGGACCCAAAGAUGAGCCGGUCCUGGAGCAGAAGCCAGUGGCCUCUGCCCAACAGGAGUCUGAGAAGGAUAAUCAUAUCACCCCCGUUCCUACUUCCCACGAGAGUGAAAGCCACGUCACUUCACUUACAUCCCCAAGCAAGCCCAAGAGUCCUGGAGUAGAGAAACCCCUGCUGAAGCCCACAGUAGAGGCAGGUCUGCAAGAGACCCCUGCAAUAGAAUCCCCAGCAGCUCUUGUUGAUCAAAGCCCUGAAAGCCUCAAGAGGAAAUGCCUCAGCCAGGAGGAGGCACCUGCGAGCUGGGAAAAGCGGCCACGGGUCGCUGAGAAUCGCCCGCCCCAGCCAUUUCUGGCCUCGCACCAGCCCUUUCUCAGCAGAGGAGACAGGGUUCCGGUGCGCAGGGUACCACCUCUCAAGAUCCCGGUCUCCAGACUCUCCUGCUUGCCAUUUCCCCCGUCGCAGGUCUCUCCCAGGGCUCGGUUUCCCAUCUCCAUCACUAGUCCCAACAGAACAGGAGCCAGAACCCUGGCAGACAUCAAAGCCAAAGCCCAGCUGGUCAAAGCACAGAGGGCAGCUGCUGCUGCAGCCGCUGCCGCCGCUGCAGCCGCCACUGUUGGUGGGACCAUCCCUGGACCUGGCCCCGGGGGCGGACAAGCCUCGGGAGAAGGAGGUGAAAAGAAAGGUGCAGGAGGAGGGAGUCCAGGCCCAGACAGAGCCCGUGAAAUUGGACCAGGCCCCACCGUGGAGCUGGCAGGAGCUGGAGGCAGGGGAGGUACGGGAGAGCUUUUACCCUGUGCUUCAGAGAUUCAGCCCCAGCCUGCGGCCAAGACCCCAGGCCAGGCCCAGCUUCCUAGUGGCCCUGGAUCACAACUACAGCAAACCCCCUCAGUGCCUCCAACACCUGUCCCCAGUGGAACAGGGCCAGGUGCCCCCUCUCCAGCCCACAGAGAGAGACUGAGCAGCGAAAUGCUCCAGCCCACCAAGGCAGCAUCCGCUGUGGCCUCUCUUAGUCACCCCACAGGGCCCAGUAGUUGUAGACAGGAAAAGGCCCCUUCUCCACCACCAGGUCCUACUCUACUCUCAGGGGGUUCCCCUGUUCGAUUUGCAGCUGAUGGCACUGUUGAGUCCAAAGCCAGUUCCAGUGAGAAUACACCAAACCCUUCAACCUUGACCAAGGUAAAUGCCAGUGCCCCGGUGGCCACAGUUCCCACCCCUGUUGCAGCUUUAUUGACAACAGCCACUUUAGAGAAGCUCUCGGGCCCCCAGGUCAGUGUGACCACAGCUCCUCCUGGGUCAGCUCCUUCCUCAAGCACUUCGCCAGCAGCUUCUAGCCUUAAACCCCCAGGAACUUCCUUAAAUGCCAACGGCCCCAUUUCACGAUCAAGCUCUAGUAUCCCUGCUAAUAAUCCUCUGGUUACUCAGCUGCUUCAGGGCAAAGAUGUGCCCAUGGAGCAGAUCCUGCCUAAACCUCUCACCAAAGUUGAAGUGAAAACGGUCCCCAUGAUCACAAAAGAGAAGGGGAUAGGGCUAGCCCCAGGCAGCACCAUAGCAGAAAGUAGCACCAGAGAGGAAGUCCAUGUGCGACUGGUACAUCCAGCUGUGCAACAGCUGGGAAGCACCUUGCAGAGUAAGCCACUCCCCCAGGGCCCCAGGCCCCUGCAGCUCUUGCCACCGAAGGACCUGAGGGACUUGAGCAUUGACACACAUCAGUACCAGGAAGGACUCAGCAAAGCAACCCAAGAUCAGAUCCUGCAGACUCUGGUCCAGAGGGUGCACAGGCAGAAUAUUCUCUCAUUCGGGCCCCCCUCCCAGUUCAGCUUCCCCCACUCAGGUUUCCAGCUGGAAGACAUCUCUACAAGCCAGAGGUUCAUGCUGGGCUUUGCUGGCAGGAGGACAUCCAAGCCUGCCAUGGCAGGCCACUACUUACUGAAUGUUUCAACCUAUGGCCGUGGUUCGGAGAGCUGUAGGAGGGCCCAUUCUGUAAACCCCGAAGACCGUUUUUGCCUCAGUAGCCCCCCUGAAGCCUUGAAAGUGGGGCAUGCAGAUAGUAAAAACAUAACAGGCGACGACAGCAGCGGCAAAGAGGAUGACACUGACGAGGAAAGUACGGGUGAUGAGCAGGAGUCUGUGGUGGUGAAGAAGGAGCUCCCAGCUCCCCAGAGCUCCGACCAGGGGGACGUGAGUUCAGGACAACCCAGGAGAGAUAUGUCUAUCAGCGACUGCUCAGCCAGCCGGGGUGUGAAGGCCGAGGCACCGGUGAGCGAGCAAACUGCUUCGACCAAGGAGAGUUACCUGUUCUCCAGAGGCCAGGCAUUUGAUGAGAAGACUCUGGCCAGGGAUUUUAUUCAGGUAGCACAGAAGCAAGUGGCUCAUGCAGUGAGAGGGAAGACGAUGCGGGGCAGCCCUGAGGUUUUCAGUUCUGCCCUGCCUCUGCCUGCUGACAGUCCCACCCAUCAGCCUCAGCGCCUUCCCCCGCUACAAACCCCAAAGCUGUAUGGAAGCCCCACACAGCUCGGGCCAAACUAUAGGGGCAUGAUCAAUGUCUCCACCUCUCCUGACAUGGACCACAACGCUACUGUGCCAGGUAGCCAGGUAUCUAGCAACGUUGGUGACGUCAUGUCCUUCUCGGUGACCGUCACAACCAUCCCUGCUAGCCAAGCAAUGAAUCCCAGCAGCCACGGCCAGACCAUCCCCGUCCAGGCCUUUCCAGAAGAGAACAGUCUCGAGGACACGCCUUCAAAAUGCUACUGCCGAUUGAAAGCCAUGAUCAUGUGCAAGGGCUGUGGAGCUUUCUGCCAUGAUGACUGCAUUGGCCCCUCCAAACUCUGUGUCUCCUGCCUUGUUGUUCGGUAAUGAGACCAGAAAGGUGCACGCUGUCAGGGUGGGGGCGGGGACAGGCUGCUAAGGUGUGCUUUUGGGGUCCUUUGGGAAUCACAGAAACACAUCGGUUUCAGUUGUCGUAUCAGACAAAUGCUAAUCAGGAAUGCAGAACGCAGGUCUUUUUUUUUUUUUUUUUUGCAUUUUAGAGGAAGAGCACCUUGUAUAGUUAAGUCUGAGUCAAGCAAGACUAUGAAUCUGUGACAAGUUUGCACUUAGAAAAUCAUGUAAAUAUGUCACAUUUUUGUUUAACAUUGUUUUCCCAAGUAUUUAGGUAAUAAUGCAUUGCUUUGAAUUCAGAUUUAUGUUCCACUUCACGUGACUCUGAGAAAAGCCCACACAUUACAAGCAAACUGCCUCCCUCCAACCUGGGCUGAGAGAGGCCCAGGAAAGCAGUCAGGAAGGUACGGGUGGGCUUGAAAAUGACCACAGGAGAGGAGUGUGUCUUGACAUGCUGGCUACAAGGUGUGCAGAGAUGUUGCAUCCUUUACAGGAUUUGGGUUUGGGCUCACACGGCCCCUUUGUGUUAGACAGAAGCUGUUCAAGUUGACUUUUGUUGAGGCCUUAAUCUCUCGGGCAGCAUUUCAGACCCUGGAAGCUCCGGCUUGCUCUUGGCUUCAGUCAGCCCUGUCAUGUCUCCCCUACGCCCACCCCGUCCCCACCCUGCUCUUGGCAGGCACUGCCCACAGUGGCCAGCACCCUGCCAUUCCCUAACCCGGCCCCUCCACCCUGUGAUGGGAGUGGCUGCACAGACCCUGUGUGUAACUAGCCUGCACAGGGCCGUGGUUCCAGCAAUAAGAGCUGCGCACCUGGGACUUUUACAGACAGGUUUGAAAUAUGAAGGCAAACAGCCAGAGAGGAGUGAGUGAUCAAGUAACUUGAACUAUGUCUUGUUCAGUAUAGGGAAUAACUGCAUAGAUGGUUAAAUUGGGCAGAAAGAACUCAGGAAAACAGUUUUAACACUCAGCACAAAGUAGCCUGUCAUUUCCUCUUCUCUCCCAAACCACUAGCUGAUGCUGUGUAGUUGCAGGUGGAAAAACUCCGUAACACCACACUGGCUCCUUCUCUUCAACCUGUUUUGCCUCCCAAGGUGUCCAAGGAUGGAGCAAUCUUAUUUCAUCUUAGGCUAAACACAUGUGCAUGCCCACACACAGUGCAGUUUCUGUUUUAGCCUGUGUGUGACCUGGUUUGGAUCACUGCUACCUGCACUAGAAACGUCUUUCAUUAAGGGGACUCGAUGAACAGCUACAAAAGUGUCUGAAAGGAAGAAAAGUUGGCUAUAAAACUUUACUGGUUUUUGUUGUUUUUUGGGGGUAGAGUGCUUUUCUUACUGUUUUUCAAAUCCUUUUUAGUAGCUGAAGAAUUUUGGAGUACAUAUUACUUAGGUUCUGGUUACAGAAGAUUAAAAUAAACUUACAGUUUACCAGACUUUGGUACUAAGUAGGAGAUUGUCAACUUGUACCAUGUGCAUAGUAAUUUCAAGUCUCCUAAUUUGAAAUGUGUAAAAAUACUAGUACAAGAUAGUGCAGAUGUAUUUGUACUUAAUUUUCAGGGUGUGAUAUUUACAAAAUGUGGAACAGUUUAAACUCAUGAUCGAGUCACAUUCCAGGUUAGGAGAGCAUAAGCAAUAACAAUAAUAACCUCUGGUUUGCCCCAUUCUGCUCCCUGCAUCAUAUCCACUUCAAAUCCUUCCCCUCACCCCCCACCCCGCUAGUCCUUGCUCCAAAGCCGGAAGAAACUUACUCUCCUGAUUCUCAUUUUUCUUUUCCAGCUUUUUUUGUGUCCCAAGGCAAAAAGAAGAUCUGUGUCCCGGUUUCAGCCAAGGCAGUACGUCCUUCUGUCUUCCCUUUUUCUUCCAACACACACAUAGCGUGGUUGUCAUCAGAAGGGUAGGGAGUCAGCUUAGAGCCAAGAACCACAAGGAAACAGGAACUGUGGUUCUGCUGCCAAACUGGCUGGUGCCUGGGUAAGCCAAGUGGGGUUCCAAAGGCCCUUUGCUGGGUCAUGCUUCCUACACAUCUGACCCUUUUGCUCCUCACCUCAGCAGCUGUGCAGCCUGAAGGGGCCUGAGUGUUUCGGAACGGACCCUGUUGCCAAGUGUCAGCUGCCAGUUUGGAUGGAAUAAAAUGACUGAACUUUGCUUCACUCCUCUUUCAUCAGAAAAGCAGUUCUCCCCAAAUCCUGUCUGAGAACAGAUAGGCUACGAUCCAGAAAGGGAGAACAGUGGCAGGGAUCUUCCGGGCCAAUUAGAGAGCAAACCACAUCGUGCCUCACUUGCACUAGACCCAGGCUUUUGCUCUUGGGUCCUUAGCAUUGCUGUUCGCAAAUUUUCUCUAAGAAUACUCCGCCGGUAUGUGCUGACUGCCCCUGAACAGAAAUUACCUGCUGGGCACUGUCUUAACCAGAUGAGAAAACCAUUAAGGACCUGUUAGACUGUGGCAAAUUGAAUACCAGUCAUUUUAUCAUUUUGUUUCAAGACAGUUACUUUUAGAAAGUCAUUCAUCUCAUAAAUUGAACUGGGAAAAAUAUUAACAAUUUGGCCCUUCAGAAAGUGAAGCAGUGGAAAUAUGAAAACUUUUACGUGAUCAAGUGUGGUCCUCAAGGACCUUCACAACAAUUUUUAUCUCAGCUUUUGGUUUUUCUUUGGAUCCAGUCCAUGUCUCAGAGGAUGAUGUGCCACCAUUUCCAGGGAUGUUUCAGAUGCCGAAUCCAAUGCGCUUGUCUCCCACAUGGCCAUUCCCUGCCUUCAUUGCCCCGGCCGCAUCCCACUGCAGGGCACCCCAGGACACAUUACUAGCCUGUCAUCUCCGUCUGAUUCAUAGAUGUUCUCAUUGGUCUAGAAGGGAAGGCUUCCCGAAUCUUAAAGAAGUUUAAUUAAAAUUAUCCACCUUUAUUAAAUAGAAAAUAAAACCAAAUAACCCAAAAUAGUUUGCUCUACUUUUGGUCCUUAACCCCUGUGCUCCAAAUGCUGAAGCUGUCUGUGGAAUCCUGUCAGAUUCUUAAAAGUGAGAGCUAAUCAACAGGAAGUUUUUCCCCUGGGGUCCAAGGAGCACAGGCGCACGUGCUGAGAAGGUGCACAGACAGCAGUGUGCAAGAGCUGAUCUCAGACAAGUUAGCAGCCGAAGGAGAACCUCGUUGCCCUCCUGGUGAAGGUGCAAUGUCAUGCAUAUUAAUGACCCAACAGUUACCAUCCCAGUUGUCAAUUUCUGCAUUUCCCCACCUCAGAGAUCCUGAGAGAACUCUGUGAUUUGGUUAGAGUGAUGGGAGUCUCCUCUGAGUCUCUACUGCAACUUAUUUCCAGAACUCGCAGUCAGGGAACAGUGCCGGGGUUGUUUUCUCUUUGAUGUCAUGUCAUAGCAAGGAGAAAAGUCUCCCCAUUGCAUCACAGCCAUAUGCUAAGGAACAGCUUGACCUAGGGUAGUUCUCAGCCCAAUUCAUAGAACAGUCCAAAGAGACUCCAAGAAACAUGUCAGGCAGGAACAUUUCCUACCAUAUUUCAAUACCUGCAUACCUAUUGAAAGAGACCAGUAGGUAACAUUUCCUAAAGUUGAAGCAAUAGCUUCCUAGAUUCUUGGUUACUUUAUUUUUUUUAAUGCUUUACAUUUGAUACGACUAUUAAAGAUCAAUUUUAAAAAUAGCUUUCCAGUAAUAUAUUUUAAGUAAUAUAUAUUUUAAUAUCUAUGUAAAAAGUGACAGUGGAAGACUUUGGAUUUCUCUUCUAUGGUAUGUUUAAUGUAGGACCUCUCUGUUAAGGCACAAGUUAUUUCAAA